AUCUGGAUGGAAGAAAGAUCGCAAUUUACAAUUUAUUCGGUCAACGUUUCACUACCAAACUAAUUAUUAGGUCGACGUCGUCGAUAAAUAAAGUGUUUUUCACCAUCUUGGAUAUUAACUCGUAUAAAUGAACCAACUCUAAUGACGAUUUAGUCAAUUUCGAAGUGAUCUCAAACAAAGUAACAUCAAAUUUCAAAUUAUGAGUGGAAGAGGUAGAGCUGGUUACAGAGGAGGGGGAGGAGGAGGUGGUGAUCGCGGUGGUGGCGGCGGAGGAAGGGGGGCUGGUCGCGGAGCGCCGGGUGGCGGCGGUGGUUUCACCCCUCGCGAAUCUCGCCCCGGCGACUGGAAAUGUGGCGAGUGUGGAAAAGAUGGAAAUUUCGCCAACAAUCCGAAUUGUUAUCGAUGCCAGGCUCCCAAACCUGGUGGAGGCGGUGGCGGAGGAGGUAGUGCUCGUGGUGGUGGCGCUCCGUCCGGUGGUGGUCGCGGUGGAUAUGUUGAUCGCGGUGGUGGCCGUGGUGGAGGCGGAGAUCGUGGCGGAUUCAGCGGUGGUCGCGGAGGCGGUGGAGAUCGAGGUGGAUUUCGCGGUGGUCGCGGAGGUGGCGGCGGCCGUGUUACCCAUGGACCCCCAACAUUCACUAAAUCUCCCCUUCCAACCUACGCAUUUAAAGACCUGCCUCGCAUCGACGCCGCUUUCGGGGGCCCUGGUUGGGCGCCCUACCCCUUCACGGAUAAAGAAGACGUCGUCCUGCAAACCUACCGCGGUCCGGAGCCCUCUCUCGCGUCCGAAAUAAUUCCCGUCUCCGUAAACCACUUCCCCCUCAAGGGUUUCAAACUCCCCAAGAAAAUUUACCACUACGAAGUCGCCAUGGAACGUGUCCGACGUGACGCGGGUGGAGGUGACGACAAUAAAGGUCCCCCAAAACAACAAGCUCCCCCAGCCAGAGGGGGUGGUCGUGGCGGAAAACGUGGUGGAGGUGGACGAGGUGCUCCCCCACCGCCGAGGGACGACCCACCUGCGCCCGGUGGCGCAGGCGCAGCUUUGCCUCCACGUCGUCUCCCUAAACCUAUUCCCCAACUGAUCCUCACCGUCCUACUCGAACGCAUCAGAGAAGAGACGCAUCACUACGGAAUCGUGUCCGAUCUCUCGAACAAUAUCUAUUCGACCGAACCCCUGGAAAAGUUAGGCGUCCCGUGGGUGCACCCCAUCUCGAUGAGGGAUGUGGAUCAAACCAUUCUGCAAGAAGAGGACGAUGGCGAAGUCACCGUAACAAUUAGCCCGACUGGGCAGCAGAUUGAUACUUAUGCGAUGCAAGCGCAGUAUAAUCAGAUCGGGACAUGGAAGGGAUUUGACAUGGAUCCUUCCGUCAAGACGACUCUGGAACAGGUUUACAACGCCAUCGUGAAAAGUCUACCAACCUACAGGUUCCUUCCCUUGGGGCGGUCGAAUUUGGCCCGCUGGCCGGACGGACCUCAAGGCACGAGCGAGCUGGGAGGUGGGGUCGUUUGUUGGAGAGGAAUCAGUGCCAAUAUUGGGAUGGGGUGGCAUCCGUAUCUUUGUGCCGAUCUCGCUCACUGCGCUUUUCUGACUGAUACACGCGUCAUGGAUGCACUAUAUGAGAAGUUUGGGGAUCCAAAUCGUUGGCAAGGGUGGCAAUUCCAGGAGGCGAAAUCAUUUUUGAGAAAUGUCAAGGUGAAGUACACCGUGAAGGGGAGGACCCUUGCCGGCCCGGUGACUGACCUACUGCCAAAAUCCGUGUCGGAAGAGACCUUCCGCUGGGAGGAGAGAAAUCGUGACAUCACGGUUUAUGACUACUUUACCUCCCACCAUGGCAUUUCUCUCGACAAACAUGGGCUCUGUUUAGAGUUGCGGAAACGAUGCAAAGUUCCUGCAGAGUUGUGCGUCAUCAAAAAGGGACAGUCCUUCAGCCGCAAGUUGGACGAGUUGCAGACGAGGAGCAUGCUCACCGUGGCGAAAAAGGACCCGGACGUGUUGAAGGCUGAAAUUGAGCGAGAGAUGAGAGACAUGCCGUCCCAAAAUAAUAAUGUGAUGCAAGCCUGGGGCGUCAAUAUUGGCACAGAAAUGCUACGUUUGGACAAGACGAGAGUCUUGGGGGCGCCACAAUUACGAUAUGGAGCAGGGACCGGGUCCAAUACUGGCAGCGGGGACGCUAUCAUUACCCCCAAAAAGGGACAAUGGGACCCUUGGAAUUCGGAUUUUGCAUUCCUCGACCCUAAAAGUGUGAAGACCUGGGCAAUUGUCAAGGUCGGCGGUGAAGGCGACAGAUUCGCACCGGACGAUCACGCAAUCAUGGAAUUUGCUAAAAAACUGCAAAAUCACGGUAUCCGUAAAGGCAUCAACUUCCAAUCUAGACCGAUCCGGGAUAACGUCGACGUGGCGCAUCUUCGCCCGAAUGGAAAUAACAAUGUUCACGAGCUCAUCGGCCUGUUUGACUUCUUGGCCAAGAAAAAUUGCGACCUUGUCGUCUGCAUCAUUCCAAAGAAGAAUUCGCCCCUGUACUCGCACAUUAAGCAGGCGGCCGAGCUCCACGCGGGGGUGGGGCUCCUGACGCAGUGUGUCGUUGGUCAAAACGUGACGAAAGGUCAGGACGCCACGGUGCAGAAUAUCCUCCUCAAAAUCAACAGCAAACUGGGAGGAAUCAAUUAUGCCAUGCUGACCCCACCUGAUACCAAAGUUUUGAGUCAGAUUGACAUCAUGCGGUGUCCCAUGUUGAUUAUUGGGGCGGAUGUGACCCAUCCGCCGCCAGGGUCGAUGAAAAAGAUUCAAGUCGCCAAGGGUAAAACGGAGGACGUCGCCAUUCCCAGCUUCGCCGCUGUCACAGGAUCCAUUGACAAGACAGGGAUGCCAUUUAUGAUGGAUAUCCGCGCUCAGCGCAAAGCUGACCGCGGCGCGGCGGAAGUUAUCCAAGACUUGGACACCAUCGUGUUGAACAUGCUAAAAAUGUUUGAAAACAAGACGAGAGGAAUUCGCCCUAGGAAAAUUAUCUACUUCCGGGAUGGCGUUGGAGAAGGACAGUUUCCAGAAGUUUUACAUACCGAAAUGCUUGCCAUGAGGAAGGCCUGUGACCAACUGCGAGAUUACGAUGAGGGUCCCUACCAACCAAAAAUUACUUUCGUCACGGUCCAAAAGCGACACAAGACUCGCUUCUUCUACCAUUCGCCGCAAGGUGUAACUAAUCCACCCCCUGGAACUGUGGUCGAUAAGGAAAUCGUCCACCAAACGGAGACUGACUUUUACCUGUGUUCUCACGCUGGGAUGAUGGGCACCAGCCGACCCACGCGGUACCACGUGCUGUGGGACGACUCAAACUUCACUGCAGACCAGAUCCAAACCCUCACUUAUUACCUUUGCUACAUGUAUGUCCGGUGCAAUAAGAGCGUCCGUAUUCCUGCCCCGACUUAUUAUGCUCAUUGGGCCGCUGCUCGUGCCAAAGCUCUCACCGACGGGAUGGAGCAAUACUUUGGAAAUUUGCACGAGCUGAAUGAACGUAUGCGUCGUCAUGAAACCCUUCUGCAGAAUAAUCCCAUGCACUUCGUCUAGCCCGAGGACGGAACUCUACGUCAAUUCGUUAUAAUAAACACCUCGUCUCUUAUUCCUAUUCCUCUCUCUAAAUUUAUACAAGUAUUACUUAACUAUAACGAAAUUUCUGUGCGGGUGAUUUAAUUGACAUGAGUAAAUUAAACGAAGUCACUACUCUUAAAUUUAAACUGCUCUCAGCUGUUGCUCUAAAAUAUAUACAUGUGUAAUUACUAAAUUACAACAGUAAUAUUACAAAUAUAUUUAAUACAAAUACAAAGUAUAUAAUAUAUGAGAAUGAUAGAAAUGUGUGUGCACAAUAUUCAUAUCUUUACAUACAUAUAUACAUAUAUUAAAUGAUAUAAUAUAUCAUAUUAUGAAAUUUAUAAGAGAAAGAACAUUAAAUAAAUGUCAUUCAUGCUCUGUACGUUAAUACCAAUG